CGCGAUCAGGGCUCCUCCAUAUCUUCUCUGGUCUCAACCUUGGUGCCGGUGUUUGUCGUUGCCGCGAUUGUGUUCCUGAUCUUUCUCGUGCUUCGCAAACGAUAUCAGCGAGUCUACGCGCCUAGAACAUAUCUCGCAUCUCUGCGACAAUGGGAACUAAGUCCAAAGCAGAACAAGGGUGCGUUUGGCUGGCGGCGACAGUAUAUGGCACUCAAGGAUGAAUUCGUCAUGGGACAUGCCUCUCUUGACAACUAUUUGUGGCUACGUUUCUUCCGCAUGCUGGCAGCCAUGUGCGUUGUUGGAUGCCUCAUCACCUGGCCGAUUCUAUUCCCGGUCAAUGCCACAGGCAAUGCGUCCGACGUGAGCGGCCUCGAUAUUCUAUCCUUCAGCAACAUCACUCCCGGGCCAAGGUACUACGCGCAGGUCUUCGUUGCGUGGAUUUUUCUAGCUUGGGUCAUGUUUGUCAUCACGAGGGAAUCCAAAUUUUUCGUUCGCCUCCGCCAGCACUACUACUCAUCGCCUUAUGAGAGCGCGUGCAUCUCCACAAGAUCAAUUCUGUUCGUCAAUGUUCCUGAGGCGAUGCGAAAUGAGGAUGCCAUCCGGAAAGAAUUCUCUGGGGUUCGAAAGGUCUGGCUCGUGAAUGUGCCAGAGGACUUGGCUGAAAAGGUCAAGGAUCGUGAUACUGCUGCACAGAAGCUGGAAGCUGGAGAGGUGAAGCUGAUUCGGAAUCAUGUCAAGCGGAUGGCAAAGGAAAAGAAGAAGGGCAAGAGACAAGAACCGAAUGACGUUGAACGAAACGAACCCAUUGUCGUGAAGAAGAAGGAUCGCCCAUCCCACCGUCUCCCGAAGCUCCAAUUCCUGCCUAUCGGAAAGAAAGUCGACACUGUCGACUGGGCACGAGCAGAGUUGAGCCGACUGUUACCAGAAAUCAGGAAUGAGCAGAACAAGCUGCGGGAUGAUAGAUCAAGCGUCCAAGGCGCCUGUUUUGUCGAGUUCGAAACUGUGAGAGCUGCGCACAUCGCAGUGCAGAAACGUGGCAUCAAAAAUAAGGCAAAGAUAACUCCUAAAGAGAUCGGGCCCGCACCUGAGAACGUGAUCUGGCCCAACAUCAUCAAGCCAUUUUGGAAAGUGCAGCUACUUAAUGCUGCAUGUACAGCAUUCGUCUACUUUCUGUGCAUAUUCUGGACGAUUCCCGUGGCCGUCAUUGGAGCCAUCACCAACAUCGAUUAUCUCACCAGCGAAGUCCCAUUCUUAAGCUUCAUCGACAAAAUUCCAAAAGUAAUCUUAGGUCUCGUAACCGGCCUUCUCCCAGUCCUCCUCCUCUCAAUCCUAAUGACCCUCGUCCCAAUCCUCUGCAACACCCUCGCAAAACUCAUCGAACCCACGCACCGCGCCAUCCAACUAAAAGUCCAAACCUGGUACUUCCCCUUCCAAGUCAUCCAAGUCUUCCUCAUCACAACCUUCUCCUCCGGCGCCGCCUCCGUAACAGCCCAGAUAAUCCAAACCCCUCCUUCCGCACCCACACUCCUGGCCCAAAACCUCCCCAAAGCUUCGAAUUUUUACAUAUCCUAUUUCAUCCUCUUCGGCCUUUUGAGUGCAGCACUGGAAAUGUUGAACGUCAUGCCGUUGCUCGGAUUUCUGGUUCUGGGGAAGUUGAUGGACACGACGCCGAGGAAGUUGGUGAGACGGUACAUCACCCUCGCGGGCUUGGGCUGGGGAUCUCUGUAUCCGAAAUUCACGAAUUUGGGAGUCAUCGCGCUCUCGUAUUCUUGCAUCGCUCCGUUGGUUUUAGGUUUCGCGGCGAUGGGCUUCUUUCUGCUUUAUUUGGCGUUUCGAUAUCAUGCCCUGUUUACGCUUGGGACGAAUGUGUCGACGCGAGGAGAAAGUUAUGCGAGAGCUUUGCGACAGUUGAUUACGGGGAUUUAUCUCUGUGAGAUUUGUUUGAUUGGGUUGUUUGCUAUCGGGGUGGCGGAGUCGAAGGAAGCGAUUGGGGCUUUGGUUCUGAUGGUUGUGUUUUUGUUUGGGACGGUGGGGUGGCAGUUGUGGUUAUGGGGGGUGGUGAGGAAGAUGGAAGGAGAUUUUCCUAGUCACGAGGGGGGAGGAGAGGCUUUUCGUGGAUCGAUACAAGGGCAUGCGGAUGGGAAGGGUGGCAAUCAUACACCUUCUCCUUCUCGCGAACCAACACCGCAACGAAGCUUCGCAGACCGCUUUAAAGCUUUCCUCUUCCCCGAAACUUCUGCGGCGCACGCGGCUCGAAUGAUUUCUUCGAAUUUGGAGGUUUCAUCACGGCGCGAGUAUACGGAGAAAGAGCAUGCUGAGGCAUACAUACAUCCUGCGAUUUUCAGGGAGUGUCCUGUGGUGUGGAUUGCGAGGGACGAGGGUGGAUUGUCGAAACGAGAGAUCUUGGAGAGUAGGGAGGAGGUUGGGGAGGGGUUGGAGAUGACGGAUGAGGGAGCGUGGAUUACUCCUCAGGGAAAAUUGGAGUGGACUGAAAAUCCGAGGGAGGCGCCGAUUUGGGAGGGUGAUGUGAAGUACUAG